UCUCCCGCAGCCGUGGGAGAGCAGGAGCACCGGCACGCCACCUACACGGCGUUCUUCCGUCGUAAGCGCCUGAGAGGCUACCGGAAGCCACACUCCAUUGCUCUUGGCGAGGCAGAUACGACGCAUGCCAUUGUGUGCAGUCCUGAUUGUGUGUGCUCUGACGGGUGGUAGCGAGCCGGCCACUACAGUCCUUCGCUUGGCUUGCUGUGGUGGACGGGUGCAGUUCAACCAGGCUGUUCCCUAGUUAACACUCCUUCAGGAUCUUCAGAGGCUAUAACUAUCAGCACAAACUCAUGGACUGAUGCUGGCCAUGCCGUAAACCAGUUGUAUGAUCUCCUCUACAUGAUGGGCCGUGAUGACGUUGCAGUGGGAGUAGGAGGGGAGGGUGGUAUAUCGGAUGAUGGUAGAAUAUAUCCUGACGUUGGUGGCUAUUUCCCAAUAAUUGACCAGGAAAUGUCAACAGUAGGGGGGUGUCGAUACCGUCAAGCAAUUCCACAGGGAUCAGGUGGCCGUUUGGACAUCAACGCGAAUUAUGGAGUUCGGCGGGAAAUUCUUCCUCAGGGAAACAGAAAAUACUCCCCUCUUCAACAACCGACAACUCAACAAGUGAUGAUUGACACCAUAUCCGCUGGGCCAACGAAUGUCUUCCUCCUUGGAAUGCAUACAAACUUUGCACUGUUCCUAAUGAAGAACCCGCAACUAAAGAAAAACGUGAAGCACAUUUACAUAAUGGGUGGCGGCGUGAGAUCAAGCAAUCCCACUGGCUGCUGCCCCAAGAACGACACAUCUUGCGUUCCACGACAAUGUGGUGACCAUGGCAACAUGUUUACAGCUUACACUAAAAAUCCAUAUGCUGAGUUCAACAUAUUUGGAGACCCUUUUGCCGCGUAUCAGGUCUUUCAUUCUGGUAUCCCAAUCACCCUCGUGCCACUUGAUGCAACCAACACUAUACCAAUCACAGAGCCCUUCUUCAAGGCAUUUGAGGAGCAACAGAGAACUUAUGAAGCACAAUAUUCCUUCAAAUCUUUGAAGAUUACCCGUGAUACUUGGUUUGAUGACCAAUUCUACACAAGUUACUUUAUGUGGGAUUCUUUUAUGUCUGGUGUGGCACUCUCAAUAAUGCGCAAUGGCCAGAAACCGAAUGGUGAGAACGAUUUUGCUGAGAUGGAAGUGAUGAACAUAACUGUGGUUACAUCCAAUGAACCGUAUGGUGUGCAUGAUGGAUCGAAUCCAUUCUUUGAUGGACACGCAAGUCCAAAAUUUAACUUGCUGAAAAAUGGUGUGCACAGCGGUCAUGUUCAGACAGGACUCAAUGAUUCAUUUUGUGUUUUGAAAGGGAGCAUUAAAGGGAAAUGCCAGGAUGGAUACACCAAAGAGGUGCAAGGUCCCGACUCAGUUGCUGUACUUGUUGCAGUGAAGGCAAAACCUAAUAGAAAUGUUAAAAGCCCUCUUGACAGAGAGUUUUUCGACAACUUUCUCGAGGUCCUGAAUCGUCCAAAACACACUGGCCUCUUCAACUUCACCAGCCAGUUUCAUCACUACAAAGAGAUUAUUUACAAACACGAUUUGAAAAAUCAGAUUAGAGGAAAGCCUGUCAUUUUUGACAUGGACAUGAGUCCAGGAGAUUUUGUUGCCCUCCUGUGCCUCCUGAAAGCACCUAUCCAGGCAAUUGAUCUGAGGGGGAUAUUGGUAAGUGGCAAUGGCUGGGCAAAUCCGGCUACAAUAGAUAUUAUCUAUGACGUUCUUCAUAUGAUGGGCCGUGAUGACAUUCCAGUAGGACUUGGAAACAUCACUGCACUUGGCGCCCCUGACCUGGGAUGUGAGUACGUGAAGGCCAUACCACAUGGUUCUGGAGGUUCUCUUGACACUGACACACUUUUUGGACUAGCCCGGGAGUUGCCCAGAAGUCCUAGAAGGUACACAGCAGAAAAUUCAAUAAAAUAUGGUGCUCCAAGGGACACGGCGCACCCUGAGCUCAGACAACCAUUGGCUUUUGAAGUUUGGCAACAAAUUAGAGAAGAACUCAAACCAACUGACAAGAUAACCAUCCUGACCAAUGGUCCUCUCACAAACAUAGCUAACAUAAUUCUAUCUGACACGAAAGCAGGAUCAAUAAUUGAGGGCAUUUAUAUAGUCGGGAGUCAUCUGACUGCCGGGGAUGGAGAGGAAGGCAAUGUGUUCACUGUUCCAUCAAAUAAGUUUUCGGAGUUCAAUUUCUUUCUUGACCCUCGAGCUGCCAAAGCGGUUGUAGAAUCUGGUUUAGACAUCACUCUCGUUCCUUUGAGAGCUCAGCGCCAGGUGGCUUCUUUCGAAAAAGUCGUAAGAUCGCUACAUGCUGCUGAGAAGACUCCUGAAUCAUCAUUUGUGUAUCAGCUGUUCCUGUCAAUGCAGAAACUGCAAAAGAAUAACCAAGCAUACCAUCACAUUGACAUGUUCCUUGGUGAGAUUCUUGGCGCUGUGUUCUUGGUUCAGCAAUCGCAUAUAAACCACGCAAUCACUGAAAGGGCUAUCAGUGUUAGUUCUGGUCACAUGGACACGGAUGGUCAGACUGUCCUCCACCAGACGAAUGGAAAGCUAGUGAAGGUACUAGAUCAUCUCGAUGCGAGCGCAUACUACACCGAGUUUGCGGAACUGCUCAACACGAAGAAACAAUCUGCAGUCAUCGGUAGCUUUGAGGAGCAGAAAAGAAUGUGGAACAGAUGAUGCCGAUUCUGGUUCCGCAAAAUAGCCUAGCGAGUGGAAAGGAUUCUAUUGUUUUGUCUUCUCUUCCUCCCCUUUUUUGUUGUAAUGUCAGCGUCGCAACUUGCAAGAGUUCACUGCUGGAGAAACAGUAAAAAAAUAAAUUAACCUUGCUGUUUCAAGGCAGUUGUGUGAGACUGAAUAUUUCCGUUAUUUGUCAUUCAAAUACCUUGCUGGUGCGGUCUUCCUGCAAGACCAAGAUAUAUUCACUGAUG